GGUCAAGGUCAGUACUAAUUUCUGAGUAUUUCUUGACUGGCGUGGAUUGGCUUAUCGUAUUGUGGACCAUCUUGCUAACGGUAAAACCACAUCCACACGAGACAAAGAGCUCGCUUUGACCACAAAAAUAGUACUCGCCGACAUUUAUAAGGCCACCUGUACACUUUCCUUGGAUGAGCCAUAGCCAAUGGACCUUGACUACAGCAUGGACGAUGGAACGACGUUGCCUCUCACUGGUUCGCAGUGGGUUGCUCGUGCGUCUGCCAGCACCGUGUCCAUAGAUGCAGAUAUCGUCAGAUGGCAAAGCUCAGAGCCACAAAACCCUGCUCUUCAAGCUCUCAUGAAGGCUGCAGAGACCUCCGUGUAUCUACCACCCCGAAGCAGCACAUCAUCUUCGCUGCGCAUCGAAUCUGAAGUUUCAGAACUUGGGAAAUACGAUGCCACGUCAGACCUUCGUUCUAGCACAUCGGGGUCUUCCUCUUCACGACCGCGUUCUAGCAUGGCUCGCAGACGCCCUUCCAAUUCUUCGCGGCUAUCUUCACCUGCCACUCCGCUCUCCCCUUCCAUUCAGGGACACACAGCUCACUUUCUGGACCUCAUCAAGACCGUAUCCGGCCGUAUUGAUGAAAACGAGCGUCUGAAAAGACAGCGUUCUGCUCGACAACAACAACCGUUGCAGAAGCCAGGGUUGACAGACAUAACUUCUAGACGUAACGUCAGGAGCAAUCAUUCAAUGAGUUGCGUGCAGACUGCUCCAGAGAACAAGGGCAAAAUACCAGCUACUGGUCGUUGGAGUUUGCCAAAUCUGGACACACCGACAUGCGAGAUGCGGAAUAAGAAUGAAUUGGCCAUGGACGUUGAUGCUCCAGUUGCAAUCGAUAUACAUGUAGAUUCAGAGCAGAUACCAAAGGAUUCAGAGCCCUCAUCCUUAGCAGCACCUGUGCACUCGAAGGCAGCCAAAGAUCACUCUGCACUUCGUCCCGAAACGCGCUCUCGUCUUUCGUCUCCUGCUUCGGGUGGCAGAGGUCAAACCGUAGCUCCCUCUCUUCCUCCUCAAAAGCGCCAAGCGCCUUCACAGCCAUACCCUUCACAGCGUUCCCCUCCGGCUUCCCCUCGGCUUCAUCCAACGCUGUCUCAAGAAGCUCCACGAAAUACCCAAAUGCCGUCCUCUCAAAUGAGCCAACGUUCUUUCCGUCCACCUGUCCUCGGCAUGCGCAGGGCUGUCAACAGUACCCCCGUCUCUGCAUUUAGCGCCUCUCAAAAUAUACCCUACAGACAGAAGGGCUUCAAACCACCACUGGCGAAGAAACCUUCUGUUGCUAACAUCACUCAUAAUACCGUUACAACUUCAUCAUCUUCAACUCCAGAAAAUACGAGAACUCACAAAAGAAAGACAUGUGAAUUUGACGAUAGUCUAGCGUCACUGCCUACUCCCGAUCUAACUCCAGUUCAGCGAUCAGCGACCGUCACGACACAGUCAGACUCUGUUGCCGAACCACACGACCGUUCUCCCUCGCCUUUCACAGAAGCCGAUUCUAGUUUUGGAGAUAUAUCUUUUGACAUGGAUGCUCUGGAGGAAACUAUGCAGAAAUAUGAUUGAGAUAAGAUUGUAGGGUGUUACACGGACAAACCUUAUUGUCAUGCUUACCACCGGCACCGUCUACUUAUGCGUCAACACUCACUUAUUGUAACAAAUAUCAUCAAUAUAUAAUAUAGU